AUGCCCACCAUCACCCCCUCCCAAUUUGCCUCCCUCCACCCCGUCCACCACCUCAUCCUCGACCAACUCAUCGCCUCCGCCCCUCAUUCGGCCCUACGUCUCUGCUCUUCUGUGCACAAACGCGCUCUCCCCAUCAUCUAUGCCGACAUCUACUCCUCACCUGCUGUAUUCAAGGGCUUGCAAUCGAACGAGGGGUACGAGAGAACAGUCGAGGCCCUCAAAAGCACCAAAACGAUACGGGUUCGCGACUUCACCAGUAUCGAUACUCUCUAUUCCCUGUCAGGUCCAGAGCGUGAACAACCGCCUGCACCAUCUCCUUCAUCCCCUGGCAACAAUACCCAUCCUUACCCUCGCCGAUAUGUCAACCUCUUCCCCAGUCUUGAGCGUCUCGAGCUCGGUUUCCCUGCGCUUCAAACGACAUAUCACGAGUACCUCGAGGUGCUCGAAUCUUCAAACCCCGCUGCGGAAGAAGAUGAGACCCGACCUCUGAACUUUCUUGCUCGGCGGCUUUCGAAACAGCUUCCGAAUGGUGUCAAGGAGAUUGCAUUUCAUCUGGACAACGAUAGAGUCGAUUAUUGGUACGAGAUCGACCAGCACCUUCUUUUUCAGCGUCCGCGGGAAGCCGUCAUCCUUCUCAAAGGGACGGUCAAGACGGCGGAUGAAGUCGCUCAGUCAAAUGCGACUUUCGGGAGACUGGGUGAAGAACUACCUACCGAGUGGCCCAACGCCGAGCGUCUGACCGUCUUUGUCGAUACCGAUGAACCUUUGGACCGGAGCGAUUCUGAACAAGUGCAGUGUUACGUGGUUCCCAUGAGCAAGGCGCUGGCAAAGUAUGCUCAAGGUAUCGCGUGGCGUAUUAAUCUCGGGCAAGAGAAACGGAUGUUGGGAGACGAAGACGAUGUGGAGAUGAGAUUGGUCGACCAUGUUCAGAUCUACAUGCCCCUUGUUGGAAGAGUGCUCGAGCAAAUGACUGAAGACGGGCGAAAUCAGGUUGAUGGACUCGUCAGAGAUGGAAGACUGGUGGUGGGAGAGUAUGAAGAGUCGAUGGUGGAUGGUUUGGAUUUGAUGAAAUGA